AUGAGGCAUAUCCUUCCCUGCCUUGUAAUUUUACUGCCUUGCAGCCUGGCCCUCCCGGUAACAGUUGAACCCAGAGAAAUAGGCAAUGGAGAUCUGGAAUUUGUGGAGGCUUACCUUGACAAUUUCUAUACAUCCUUGAACAAAGAAAUCAAGACCCUGGAAGAACGAAUCAAAGAAAUGCAGGAGUUCUUCCAGUUGAGUGUAACAGGAAAAGCAGAUGUACAGACUUUAGAGGUUAUGCGCCAACCUAGGUGUGGAGUGCCUGACACGAACUAUACAUUUUAUCAAGGAACGCCAAGAUGGCACAAGAUAUCAUUAACUUACAGGAUUAAUAACUACACCCCUGACCUGCCAAUACCCAAAGUGGAUGAAGCCAUAGCAAAGGCAUUCCAGGUCUGGAGCGAUGUAACUCCCUUGAGAUUCACAAGAACAACAACACCUGCUGAUAUCGAAAUCCUUUUUGCAUCCGGUGCCCAUGGUGAUGGAUUUUCUUUUGAUGGAAGAAAAACAGAAAAUAAUACCCUAGCUCAUGCUUUUCACCCUGGACCAGGCAUUGGGGGAGAUGCCCACUUCGAUGAGGAUGAACAGUGGUCCGAUUCCAACAAAGAAAUCAAUCUUUUCCUUGUUGCUGCACAUGAAUUUGGUCAUUCCUUGGGACUGGAUCAUUCAAAUGUCCAAGGAGCUUUGAUGUAUCCUAUUUACAGUUAUGUACAUCCAAAUAACUUCCGUCUUUCUGAUGAUGAUAGGCAAGGAAUUCAGGCAUUAUAUGUAAUGUGCACAAAUGAUAGCACCUCAUGGACACUAUUUGGGCGAGAAUGUGAACACCCGCUGGGUAAUUGUGGAAUAGAAAAUAAUGCAAUCAUUGUGAGAGAAAAGCGGAAGGAAGGAGGACAAUCGGGUAACCCACAUUGUGCCUUCCAGAAGAAACAAAAUUAUCAAACUUUCACAAAUGAUCAAGAAUAA